AUGGCGUUCCACAUGCCAUACUCCCCGCUAUCCUCCCCAGUAUUCGCACCACCCUCAAACCCAUUUUCGAAUGCCUCGCCAACAACACGGCGCGCCACGCGCCCACCACUCAGCACAGCCGCAACGUCCGCCCAGGUUCCCGCGAAGCCGGGUGUGAGCAUGGAGGAUUGGGACGCGCGAUGUCCUCUACCAGAAAUCGCCACGCAGAGCGUCGAAGCUAUCAAAGAACGUGCUACGCGUCCUGUGCGAGUAUCUCAGGCGUAUCCCGCGUCUGAGGGCGGGAGUACGCGACCCGGGACGCCGCUGGCUAAGGGCUCGCCGCUAUUAUCGUCGAAGAGUUUGGCCUCGAUGAACGCCCGAGCAGCCACACCCGUUGGGAAGCCACACGCGUUGCAUCCAACACAACCUAUUGCCACACCUCAAGCUUUCUUCGACUGGCUUGCCCUCGUCGAUCGCGCGGCCACGCAUUCUCAGGAAGCCCACUUUCGCGCACAUCUCGCUUCGCUAUCCGACCAUUUGGACACAUGUACUUCGCUAUUGACUCUGACAUCGGCCGUACAAGCUGAAGUGGACGCGAUGCUGGUGGACUGGAGAAGCGUAGAGGAGGGUGGGCGGAGUCUUCAAGACGCGUGUGCGCGUCUACUUGGAGAGAGGGAGGAGCUGGUACGGGCUGAGGAGGAAAUAGCCGGAAGGAUGGAGGUGUUUGCGGAGCUGGAGGGUGCUACGCGAAUGCUGAACGCGCCGGGAGAGAGUCUAGUCAUGCGUGGUGACUUCUUGGAUAUGGUCGAACGCGUCGACGCAUGUAUCGGCUUCUUGCGAGAACACAGGCAAUAUAAGGAAGCAGAACUGUACUUGUUGCGCUUCAAACAGUGUCUGGUUCGAGCAAUGACAUUGAUCCGCAUGUACUUCGUCGGGAGUUUGCGUGCUUUGAACGCAGACGUGAGCAAGCGUUUGAGCGAGAAGGACGUGUCCGCAACGGCAACACAUCAUCUACUGUACACCCGCUUCCGAUCGGUAGCUGGUCCUCUNCCUCUGUCCCCGUUACUGGGAGAGCUCGAAAGACGAGUCGCCCAGCACCCUGCAACGCUUGGCAGUCACUACUCGCAGUCAGGGGUUUCCAACACCCAGCCAAGAAUGGGUCCGGCCGUUCCGAAUGGACCUGGCCAGAUUUAA